CACUGCCGCCCCUGUGUUCCCCGCCCCCGCCGCCGGUACCUCCGCCGUCCGCAAUGCACAGGCCGCCGCCGCCGCCGUACCCGGACGCGUACUGCACCAGACGGGCGCCUCCACCGGACCCGUUGACCACCGGACUGCCGCCACCGGUGCCGCCGCACCAGACGGCCGCCGCCGACCUGCCGGCCAUACCCGAAUCGUCGCAAUGGGACGACCCGCACCGCCGCCGACAACGUCGCCACCAGACGCCGCUGCAGAGGAACGGCUCGUCCAGGAUCAGCGGCAGGAGCGCGUUGGCCGGCAGGACCGUUUCGACGGCCAACACGGGCACCAUCGCGGGUACCACGGCUACAGGCCAUUCUCGCCGCGAAAACCAGGAUGCGAAAAACGACGGCAACUGUUUCUACACGUUGCCCCGGGGUGGCGGCAAGGACCUGUGUUUCAGAAUAAUGACGGUCAAGUUCCAGAAAGGCCCGGGCCACAAGUGCUUGGGCUUCAGCAUCGUGGGCGGCACGGACACGCCGAAAGGCACGAUGGGCAUCUACGUGAAGACUAUAUUUCCGAACGGGCAAGCAGCCGACGUGGAGUCGCUAAAAGAAGGUGACGAAAUAUUGGCGGUUAACAACAAGCCGUUGCACGGUUUGAGCCAUCGAGAAGCCAUUGCGGUAUUUAAAGAAAUCAAAUUGGGAGAAAUAGCGUUGCACAUCGGCAGGAGAGUACAGAAAAAGACGCGCGAAUCGUGCAAGUCCAUACGAAGUCCUUGAAAAGAAGAAUAUUCAUCGAGAUUCUCAUUUCAACGGACGCUGUUAUUAUAAUUAUAAUUAUUAUUAUUAUUAUUAUUAUUACGUUUGGUACCGAUUUUAU